AUGACCAAGUCGAUUCUAGGAAAGCGGUCCGUGCCGUCACUUCUGUCAAUGACUCCCAAUCAAAGCGUCUGGCUCACACUCUCUCAGAGUGUCGCAAGGACCUACAGUGCUGGUUCCGAGAUCGACUGGGAUGCGAUACAUCGAGAGCAUGAGACGCGCUUAAAAUUUCUGCCGUUGCCGCCCUAUUCUUUUGACCUCAAAAGUUAUUGGCUGCAAUACAGAGGGGACUGUUUGAUCACCAAACGCAGCCCUACUCAUGGGCUGAAGUCUGCUUGGAGAUCAUUCGAGCCUACGCCCACGAUACAGAGAAUUGAAAAAGAAGAGCUCGUGGCGGGCGGGGGAACGAUUUCGUUUGUUUCCGACCUGAAUGACCCAAUUCUGCGAGCCGUGGUUACUGGACACCUGGUCAGACAAGUGGCCCUGUGUCCCAGCUCUGUCUACGCUGAUAUGGCGCUCACGGCGGCCACAUACAUGUGGAGCCGCUCUGAGCCACACAGUGUACCUGCGAUGGAGAUCCAAGACAUGGCGGUGCGACAACCGCUCAUUCUCGAAGGGCGUGAUGAGCUGUUGGCAUACAUCACAAUUUCCAAAGCUGCCAAGUCGCAUUCCGCCACGGUAGCCAUCAGUACGCGGCGCUACGCUGGAGACGACAUAGGUCACGAGGCUAUUCAUGCACAAUGUGUGGUUAUCUUCGGCGACGGAAAUGACCUGAAGGCAGCAGCGCAGAAGGGAGAGAUCCACAAAUUGAAGCGCAGUAUGAUCUAUAGGCUGUUUUCAAGCUUCGUCAAGUAUAGCAAGCCAUUCCAAGGGAUGGAUGAGGUAUGGAUGGACUCCGACCUGUUCGAGGCUGCAGCCCAGAUUCGAUUUGCAUCAAUCGCGACGAACAGCAAGUUUACCUUCUCCCCCAUUUGGCUUGACAGUCUCAUACACCUUUCCGGAUUUAUCCUUAAUGUGAGCGAGGCCAUCCCAGAGGAUACGGUGUAUAUCUCGCAUGGCUGGAAAAGCAUGCGCUUUGCCACUUCGAUUUCGGCGACCGGGCAUUAUCAGGCAUAUGUCCACAUGCAGGAGUCGCAAGCAUCUGGGAACAAGGAUGUCAUGUCGGGUGACGUAUACAUUCUCGAGCAGGACGGCAAUCGCGUUAUUGGCCUUGUGACCGAUGUCAGAUUCAAGGCAGUCAAGAGAAGGCUUUUGGAUGUUCUGCUGCCUUCAACUCGAGCAGCGCUGGCAAUAGCAAAACCUGAACAAAAAAAAUCGCGUACCUUAGAAGCUGCGGAUCGUCCGAGAACUGAUGAAACCCCCUUUGCAAGACUAAGGGCCUGCAUCUCUGAUGAAACAGGGGUUCCAGUGAAUGAGUUGACUGAAAAGACUAAUCUGGCCGAGAUCGGGCUUGAUUCUUUGCUUUCCUUUGCAGUGGUCGCCGGGUUGCAACAAGAGCUACAAGUCGAGAUCAGUAGGUCAGCGCUUAUAUCUAGUAAAACUCUUGGUGAUCUCCGCCCGGACCUUCAGGCGACAAAAUCAGGCGAUGAUGGCGAUGAACAGGUCGACCAAAGUUCUUCAGAAGAAGGCACUGGGAUCCUCACACCGACAACGAGCAUUGCGAAAGAGCCCACAGACCUUUUCCAGGCAUUUAAGUCCGUGAUUUUCGUUGAGAGCGAGGUGGAUCCCCGGGAUGUUGUCAUCUCGGGCACGGACUUCGCUGAUCUGGGUAUCGACUCCCUACUGGGUCUCGCUAUCCUCAAUGCUUUCCAGUACCAGAGCGGCUGUAGGCUUCCUCACUCAUUCUUCUCAGACUAUCCGACCUUUGCAGACGCCGAAAGGUACUUCCAUUCCCGGUCGUCGACAUCUCUUCCGAGAUUUCCUCUGCCAGUCGGCAUCUCCCAAGACAAGGUACAAUCGCCGGCCGCUGUCUGUCAGUCUGUACAGUUGCAAGGCGACUCCGCAUACAAUGGUCCUGCUUUAUUCUUGCUUCCAGAUGGAUCGAGCUCGGCAGGGCCAUAUGCCGGGAUACCUGCUCUGGGUUCUGGGCGGUAUUCCGGUCUCCGCGUUUGGGGACUCAACAGUCCCUUUGUGAGAUGCACCCAGCCGUUCGAUGUUUCUUUAACCUCAAUGGCCAAGGUGUAUGUCACCGAGAUUGUGAGAUUGGAUCCUAACGGACCAUAUUUGCUAGGUGGAUGGAGCGUUGGAGGCAUUCUAGCCUUCGAAGCAGCCCGACUUCUCCGCGAGCUGAACAGAGUCGUGCAAGGCCUUUUCCUUAUAGACGCCCCCUGCCCUGGAACGAUUCCACCUCUGUCGCACGACACAAUCCAGCUACUUGACCGGCUUGGGGUCAUCACCAGCAAAGAAUUGCAACCGCAACCACGACCGCAACUGCAGCAGCAGUGGCGGCAGCCCGGGCGAGAAGAAAGCAUUCGUGCGCAUUUCAUAGGCACCAUUCAGGCGCUAAAGACAUAUAUUCCCCUUAUCGAGCAGAGAGGAUGA